AUGGAACAACAUCCAAACAGGGCACAUCGGCCCUCGAAGGAGAAGAAGAAGUACGAUGGUGCAAACCCAAAGGCUUUCGCGUAUUCAAAUCCUGGAAAAGGAAACAGACAAGGCGCGCGGUCGCAUGAUAUUAAGGAGAAAAGACUGCAUGUGCCUUUGGUAGAUCGGUUGCCUGAGGAGGCUCCUCCGCUGGUCGUUGCAGUGGUUGGACCACCAGGGGUUGGAAAGACGACGCUUAUUAAAUCCUUGAUUCGCCGUUACACCAAACAGACGCUUAGCUCACCCAAUGGACCUUUAACGAUCGUAACGUCGAAAAGACGCCGACUUACAAUCAUUGAAUGUCCUUCCGAUUCUCUUGCUAGCAUGAUCGAUGUAGCCAAAAUCGCAGAUAUUGUGCUGCUGAUGAUCGACGGCAACUAUGGAUUUGAAAUGGAGACUAUGGAGUUUCUCAACGUCUUGGCCUCGAGUGGUAUGCCGGGAAAUGUUUUCGGAAUCCUAACCCAUCUGGACCUUUUCAAGAAGCAAAGUACCUUGCGAGCUGCAAAGAAGCGCCUUAAGCACCGUUUCUGGAGUGAGCUAUACAAUGGCGCCAAACUCUUCUAUCUCUCCGGUGUGGUCAACGGCCGUUACCCUGAUCGUGAGGUGCAUAAUUUGUCCCGCUUUUUGUCCGUUAUGAAGAACCCUCGGCCGUUGAUCUGGCGCAACUCUCAUCCAUACGCCCUUGCAGACCGAUUCCUGGAUAUUACGCUCCCAACUGAUAUUGAAGAGAAUCCAAAAUGCGAUCGGACUAUAGCUCUCUAUGGGUAUCUCAGGGGCACCAACUUCCCCGCCCAAGGAGCGAGGGUGCAUGUUCCUGGAGUAGGUGAUUUAACCGUCUCAGGUAUUGAGAGUCUUCCAGAUCCUUGCCCUACACCUUACAUGGAUCAACAGUUAGCCAAAUCUGCGGGCAAGGCAAGCAAACGCAGGCUGGGUGAAAAACAGAAACUUUUAUUUGCACCAAUGUCUGAUGUUGGUGGCGUGUUGGUCGACAAAGAUGCUGUUUAUAUCAAUGUUAAGACAUCUAAUUUCGAACGUGAUGAAGACGACAGCGGAAAUGAAGAUCGUGGCCUAGGGGAGCAAUUGGUCGUUGGCUUGCAGGGUGAGCGAAAAUUGCUCGGUCAGACAGAUGGUGGUGUCCGUCUGUUCAGUGGUGGCGAGCCGAUAGCAAAAGCGGAUGACGAAGAUGGCUCCGCGGGAAGAAAACAUAGACGAAAUGUGAGAUUCAUGGAUGGAGAGGAUGCACCGCAAGAAGAUGACGAAGGUUUCGAAAGCGCAGAGGACAAUGACGAUGAAAUGGACGAUGACGAGGUCGACGGUGCCAGCGAUGAGGAAGACCUUGACGUCUCCGCCCCGGCAGACUUCGAAGCAAGUUUCAAGGAAAGACAGGAUGGCAAAAGCCGUGAGAGUAAAGAAGAUAUCGCAUUUGCUGACAGUGACUCUGAUCUCGGCUCCAUAUCGUCUGUUGAAGACCAAGAACUGGAAAGUGAUGAAGAUGACGAGGAUAUGGAAGAUGAUGAUGAUGGAACGCUCCGAUGGAAGGAGAACAUGGCAGCCAACAUCAAGGCCCUUCACGCUAAUAGACCGAAAUACCGAAUCACUGAUCUAUCCCGCAUGAUGUACGACGAGUCCAUUGAUCCCGCGGACGUAGCGCUAAGAUGGUCGGGGAAAGACAAUGAGGACGAGGAAGAAGAAGAACCUGAUGAUGAAGGGGAUGCAUUUUUCAAGAAGACUGAUGCCGAGAAGGAAGAGCAAUCCGAAUUUCGUGCUAUCCCUGAGUUUGACUACGAGGAGUUGGAGCAGAAGUGGCAAGAAGAAGAUAUGAUAGAAUCGAUACGCAGCCGGUUUGCUACCGCCCAUCUGUCAGGCAAUAGGGAUGAUGACUCUAAUGUUGACGAUGAUUUUGAUGAGGAUGAUGAAGGUGAUGGGGAAUUCGAAGAUUUGGAGACGGGAGAGAUGUUCAAUGGAAUCAAAGAUGAUUCUGACCGCGAAUCCGAUACCAAGGAGAAUGAAGGUCCAGCUGAUCUUGAAGCUGAGCGUGAGCGUAAUGCAAAAAAGAAGGAAGAACUGAGGUUGCGCUUUGAGGAGGAAGAUCGAGAAGGAUUCGCUAACUCCAAGGAUAACUCCCGGCAGGACGGCGGUGGCGAAGAGGAGUUUGGCGAGGACGAAUGGUACGAUGCACAGAAAGCCAAACUACAAAAGCAACAGGACAUCAAUCGUGCCGAAUUCGAUACUCUGGACCCAGCCUCUCGGGCUAGAGCAGAGGGCUUCAAAGCCGGUACAUAUGCGCGUAUCGUCCUUGAGAAUGUCCCUUGCGAGUUUGCCACGAAAUUUAACCCUCGCUAUCCAGUUAUUGUUGGUGGACUGGCACCAACUGAAGACCGGUUUGGCUAUGUGCAGAUGCGCAUCAAAAGGCAUCGCUGGCACAAGAAGAUUUUAAAGACUAACGAUCCGUUGAUCUUCUCACUUGGUUGGCGUCGGUUCCAAUCCCUGCCCAUUUACAGCACGUCGGACAGUCGAACACGAAACCGCAUGCUUAAAUACACCCCUGAACACAUGCACUGCUUCGGUACCUUCUACGGCCCUCUUGUCGCACCAAACACUCCUUUCUGCUGCGUGCAGUCCUUUUCAAACAAAACACCCGGUUUCCGCAUUGCAGCUACGGGAACAGUAUUGAGCGUGGAUGAGCAUACUGAUAUCGUCAAGAAGCUGAAGCUGACGGGUGUACCAUACAAAAUCUUCAAGAACACCGCGUUCAUCAAAGAGAUGUUCAAUUCUUCUCUUGAAAUCGCCAAAUUCGAAGGAGCCGCAAUUCGGACUGUAUCUGGCAUUCGCGGUCAGAUCAAGCGUGCCCUCAGCAAACCAGAAGGGUGCUUCCGUGCAACGUUUGAGGAUAAGAUCCUCAUGAGUGACAUUGUCUUCUUACGGGCUUGGUAUCCGAUCAAGCCGCAUCGAUUCUAUAACCCAGUGACCAACUUGCUCGACCUGGACACACGAGAGGGGUCCAGUGAUAGUGGAUGGCAGGGAAUGCGCCUCACCGGUGAAGUCCGUCGUGAACAAGGCAUUCCAACCCCAAUGAACAAGGACUCAGCCUACCGUCCUAUUGAACGGCCCACACGCCAUUUCAAUCCUCUUCGGGUGCCACGGCAGCUAGCCGCAGAUCUACCCUUCAAAUCGCAGAUCACCAAGAUGCGGGGACACAAGGAAAAGACAUAUAUGCAAAAGCGCGCUGUGGUUCUUGGAGGCGAAGAGAAGAAGGCGCGAGACCUUAUGCAGAAGCUCACUACACUGCGAAAUGAUAAGCAAGCUCGGCGGGCUGCGAAGCAGGAAGAGCGGCGCCAGGUGCAUCGUGCCAAGGUUGCGGACAGCCUGGAGAAGAAGUCGGAGCGCGAGAAGAGGGAGCGUGAUGAUUACUGGCGACGUGAGGGCAAGAAGCGCAAGAACCAAGGCGAGGACGGUGGUGGAGGGAAGAAACGGCGGUGA